GCGAGUGAUAAUAUCAUUAAUAAUUACCAUGUCCAAGCUAUUAAAUCUGGAAAAUUUGUGCAGUUAUGCUGAUAAUGCGUUCGGUGAAAAUAAUUGGUCAUAUACAAUUACCAAUCAAGUAAUCGAUUACGUUGACGAAACAGAGACUACUAUUGCAAUAUCCUGUACAACCAGUACAAAAUUUUAUGUUACUAAUAACUUAUGUCGAGAGUCAAUCGGAACGUCGACUAUAGUUUCAGAUGACAAAUUAAAUGCAUUUCGACAAGUGAGGCAGACAUCAUUUCGUGAAUCGCUUCAAAAUACAUUGAUGUUUUUUAAAAAAAUUAGAUCUGAAAUAGAAAAAAGAGAGCAGAGAUUACAAAAGCAAAAAGAGAUGCAGGAACUUUGGAGAGCGAAAAACUUGGAGAUAAGCCGAAAAGAUCUGGAGGACAUGGAAUCCGAUAUUAUUUAA